AUCACAGGUGUGCUGUUCAGAAACAUGAGCGUCCUCCAGUCUUGCGUGGGCCUCUUGAACUACGAGCCUGAGUACUGCUCGGUUGUCAUUGACGUCAAAGAGUCGCUGGGCGUGGAUUCUGUGGAGGAGGUCUUGAGUCUGGACAGCUCGGCCAGCUACUACUUUCAUGCACCUACAUCCCCUUAUAAACCAGUAGUUCUCUCCUACUGCGGUGUCCCCGGGCGUCCAAAGUCGUACGAUAACGCCAUUGAUGUGAAUAUGGACCAAAAUCAAAACCUUCAGAUCAAGAACUUGGGAGCCUGGCAGUUCUCCUGGCUGACGAUGGAGUGUAAAAACAGUGGGUCUCGUUCCUGCUCUCACACCACUUGCGCUGAUCACAGUCUAGGCAUCGUGGAGGGCCAGUGCAUGUACCUGACCUUUGUCAGUGUGUGGCUGACCCACCCUCCAUACGCCCUGAUGUCCGAGCAGGACCUGCUUGAUGUCACAGCUCACUUGACCUGUGCUAUCGGACAGAUGAAAGGGAUCAAGGACGUUCAGGUCGACGAGAUUGUUUCUGUUGAUCACAUUCCGAAUAUGCGGGUCGUGGAGAAGAGUAAAAAUAGUUUCUUUUCGGUAGAGGACACGUUUUUCCGAAUUGACAUGAACCUUAGUUUCACUGCGCCAUUUUGGUAUAAUUUCAACAAUGAUUUGGUCACUGUGAUUAGUCAGUACUACAUAGAAAAGUUUGGUAUUUAUGGACCAGAUAUGAGAUUCCCGUAUUCUGCAGCAAACGUGGCGAACGAUUGUGAAGAAAUACCUGCAGGAUUCUCUCCAGAAUCUGAAAAUACCACCGAAGCAAGAGUUGCAUUUCUAGGAAGCGAUGACUCAGAAAUGAUGGCGCGUAACGUAGUCAGCCGCUUGGAACGACGGAUGAAUUCGAAGGUCAAAAUGACAACAAUUAGUGACGAUCAGGGAAUCGAAAAGGAAAACAGAUCAGACGCAAACACGGAAUGGAAUCAGACCCCGAAUCCUGAAAAUGAUAUCCUGAAAAAUCUGAAGUCAACAGAUAAAGUAUAUAGCCGGUCUCCCAUAGAAGUAUCUGUUACGAAGAAUGACAACACUAAUGCGGAUGUCAAAUCCGAGGCUCUCCAACCCACGAUGGGGGGCCUAGAAGAGGUUUUCAUGACGACGACUUCAGCGUCUCGAAACAAGAGAGAGAUCAAUCCGGAACUUCUGGCUUCAAAUUUGUCCAGUGACUUCCCAGAGCCCACAGACCCUCCCAAGCCCUGUAAAUCUGGAAAAUAUCACCAUGUCGAUGAUCCUCGCUAUCCCUACUUCGUAGUAUCCUGGAACGUUUACAAGCCGAGACAGUGGGCGCAAGAGUUUAUCCCAGUGAAGUUAACCACGAAUGGUUCAGACCCACGGUAUGUCAAAUGCAUGGCGAGACUUGGAAACAGCUCGGCUUCUUUGUCCCGGUUGUCUCCCUUCGUUCUGGCACUCGUCCUGGUAGCCUGCAACUUCCUAAUGACGCAAAUGACACAAGAAAAGCUAUGUUAGAAAUGGUCUUGGAGUUCGCCGCUUUAUUUAGAACUACUACACCAAUCAUAAGAGGGGAUGUAGGUUAUACAGGGUAUCUCAAGUCACCGGACUGUAUUGAUCUAUUUUACAGGUGUUCAUAACUUACUCAGACGUUUUGUUUUGAGAACUAUGUAGCACAGUGUCUUUCGUAAAUAAACUCACAACAUA